CCUCUAUAUCUCCUCUCCCCUCCCUUUCACCUCCUCUCCAAUUCCCCGGAGAGUUUUUACCUCCGCCCCCAAAUCGCCCCCCAAGUUCCGCAGCAUUGCGGAGAUCAGAUAAAACCUGCGGCAGUUCGAUCACCCCGAUCGGACUGCGCCUCGCCAAACCUCCAUGUGAUCACCUUUUCUCCGUCCAGCUACUAGAUCAUGGAGUGCCCAAUGGACGCCACAGGAAGCAAAGCCGCCCUGGUUAUACAAUUCCACACCAUAGUCAAUGAUGCCAGCUCCCGUUCAUCUUCCCCGGAUCGAGAAGCAGAGGGCACAAAACACCAUUGCUCUGUAAACGAAGCCACAGAGCAAUUCCUCCUAACUGUGAACCCGUCCGUUCUCCUCCGUGUGCUCUCAUCCUGUGAGCUGGAUCCUAAAGAUCUCGCUGCUUUGGAGGCUACAUGCAAGUUCUUCAGAGAUCCUGCAAACUUCCCACCAGACUUGGCACUCUCUCUUCCAGAGCUUGCUGCAUUCGACAUGUGCCAGGAAAGGGCCAUGUUUAAGCCAAUGAAACCAAAAGAGAAGGAGUGGCUGAAGCAACGGUGUGGGGGCUCUUGGAAGCUCGUCCUUAGGUACAUUUUGGUCGGCGAGAAGAAUUACCGCCGUGAGAAAUCUCAGGUUAUUGCUGGACCAGGCCACAGCAUUGUUGUCACAGCAAAGGGGGAUGUAUACUCAUUUGGCGUGAAUUGCUCAGGCCAGCUUGGACUUGGAGAUAGAGAAAACAAGUUCAAGCCAUGCCUUAUCAGUUCUCUGCAAGGCAUCAGAAUCACACAAGCUGCGGUUGGAUUAAGGCGAACGAUGCUUGUCAGCGACACGGGAAGUGUCUACACAUUUGGGCUUGAUACCUUUGGAUGGUUGGAUCAGUAUGGAGGAUCUAAUGGCAACUGCGUUAACAGCCCCAAGUUACUGGAAUCACUGAAAGGUGUCUUUGUGGUGCAAGCAUCCAUAGGAGGCUACUUCUCCGCGGUUCUCUCCAGAGAGGGGCGCGUUUAUACUUUCUCUUGGGGUCGUGCCGAGAGGCUUGGUCAUUCUUCAGAGCUUAGUGAUGUCGAGCCUCGUCUUCUCUCUGGACCGCUUGAUGAUGUCCUUGUCGCGCAGAUUGCUGCCGGCAAUUGUUACCUCCUUCUGUUAUCCUACCACCCCACCGGAAUGUCAGUGUACUCUUUAGGCUGUGGUUUAGGAGGCAAGCUUGGUCAUGGGAACAAGGACUUCGAGGGCGUUCCAAAGUUGAUCGGACAUUUUCAGGCAUUCAACAUAAGGCCAAUGUCGAUUUCAGCUGGCGCUUGGCACGCUGCGGUCAUGUGCCGCGAUGGACGUGUGUUCACCUGGGGAUGGAAUAGCUCUGGCUGUCUAGGACAUGGAGAUUCAGAGGACUGCGUUACCCUCCCCAGGGCAGUGGAGGGAUUGAACAACGUGAAGGCCGUGCAUGUUUCAGCUGGCGAAUGGUGCACCUUCGUCGUAGCGGAUAACGGAGAUGUCUACUCCUUUGGCUUCCGGGGGUCCCAUAAUCUGGGCUUCCAGGACAACGACGCCGAAAACGAAGAUGUCCUGCCUCCCAAGCCAGCCACUUUACUUGCGGACCUAAAUGAGAGGUUUGUUCAGAUUAGUCCAACCAGUGCCUACAAUUGGAACAAUGCCGAGCAGCCGCAUCACACGGUUGCCCUUGCCGAAUCCGGUAUUGUGUACGCCUUUGGGGGAGGUAGCAUGGGUCAGCUCGGUGUCAAGCUUGUCGAGGGCAAAGAAGCCAUGCCGACGCCGGUCCAGGUUGCCAUUGAUAACGUCAAGUCCACCCCGGCAUCUGCCUGAAAUAUCUCUUGGGGGAAGGAAACUACCUUUAUACUGCUCGCGCAUGAAAGAAAAAGGAACUCCGUUUUUAGAUUGUAAAAAUACUAGGGAACAUUUAGUUCGUUCUAGAGUUUGGACUCGUUUUGGUUUCUUUUGAGCAGUGGACAGAUAAUGCCAUAACUGCUGGAUUUUUAGAUUGAACCUAAAUUUGAACUGCUUCUCAA